AUGGCAUUAUCGGAACUUGAGAAGAAAAGACAAGAGAAUAUUCGAAGAAAUCAAGAGUUAUUAAAAAAACUUGAUUUGGAUUCAAUUUCCGAUUCAAUCAAAAAGGAAGUUGAUAACAAAUCUUUUUCAUCACCAUCACUGCAAAAACGACGCAAAACUACGAAAAAACCCGUGAUUAAAAAAGAGAUACUGGAACCAAGUAGAAGAUCUCGUCGUAUUGCCGGGAUUAAAUCUGAAUUAGAAGAUCCCAAACAGGCUGCUAGAAUAAGAGAAGAAGAAGAAUUAAAACAACAUCGUAAGCAAGAACUUGAAAGAUUGAAAAGAACGCGUCUUUUCGGUGAUUUCAAAUUAAUUGAUUUGAUAACUAAUAAAAAAGGAGAUAUGAUAUUUGAAAAAAACGUUAUGGAUCGAAAAUUGUCACAUAUUGGUCUUGAUAGUAAAGUGGAGGAAAAGAAAAACGAGGAAGAUAAGGAAGACGAGGAGGAAGCAAUCAAUAUUGAUGAGAAUAAUAGAGUCUUACAACUUGUACAAUCAUUGGGUGAUAAGUUUUCUGCUGGAGAUUUUUAUGAAGAGAUUAGAAAUUCACAAACAAAUGGUAAUUCCAAAGAUAAAUCAUUAGAUGCAAAACGUAAAGAAUUUGAUAAUUUGAACAUUUAUCCACGUUUUGACCCAUUGGAUAUUAAAAUAUGUCACAAUCGUAUUACUUCAAUGUUUUUCCACCCAUCAACCACCAAUAGAAUUGUUGUUGGUGGUGAUACUACUGGAAAUGUUGGUAUUUGGUUAGUUGAUGAACAAAACAAUGAUACGAAGGAAGAAGAAGAAGAUGAUGAUGAUGAUGAGCCAUCAAUUUCUAUCUUACAGCUUCAUGGUAGAAAUGUUUCGAAAAUUAUGACGCCGACUUUUUCACCAGAAAAGAUUUAUACCAGUUCAUAUGAUGGAAGUAUUCGAGUUUUAGAUUUAAACAAGUUAACCAGCACUGAAUUGUUAUAUUUGAAUGAACCUGGUGCAAGAGAAGAUAUUGCCCUAGGGGUGUCUGAUAUCAAUCAAUGCCAAGAUUCAUCAGUAAUAUUCAUGACCACACUUGAUGGUGAGUUUUACCAACACGAUACCAGAACUCCUUUCAAUACUCGUCAACGUCAUCAUUUAGCAACUAAAGAUUUGCUACGUUUACAUGAUAAGAAAAUUGGUGGGUUUGCCGUCAAUCCAAAUACAAAUUAUCAAAUUGCAACUGCAUCUUUGGACCGUACAUUAAGAAUAUGGGAUUUGAGAAAUGUUAAUAAAUCCGUAUAUUCUGAGUUUGAGAAUCAAAAAUCACCUCAUAUGUAUGGAAAUUACAAUUCGAGAUUAUCGGUUUCAUGUGUCGAUUGGAACCAAGAGAAUCGACUUGUGUGUAAUGGUUAUGAUGAUAAUAUUUGUUUAUUUGAUUAUAGUGGAGGAAGUAAACUUGAUAAUGAACUACCUGUGAUAACUGAAUGGAAAUCUGAUUUUGUUCCUUCAACAAAGUCAUCAGAGGAGCUGGAAUUAUUACCUAACAAUUUAACACCAUUCACUAAAAUAAAACACAAUUGUCAAACUGGCCGUUGGGUCUCAAUUUUGAAAUCACAUUGGCAAACAAACCCUGCUGAUGGUGUUCAAAAAUUUAUCAUUGCCAAUAUGAAUCGGGGAUUAGAUAUUUAUAAUCAAGAUGGUCAGAUAUUGGCUCAUUUGAAUGAACAAGUUGGUGCCGUUCCUGCAGUAUGUACUCUUCAUCCAAGUCAGAAUUGGGCUGUUGGUGGAAGUGCCAGUGGGAAAGUCUACUUAUUUGAGUAA